CAUCAUGACCACUGGACCCACCCCAACCUGCAUAACUCACAGAUUUAUAAAAAGCAUCACGUUCAGGAUGAAAAUAUGUCGAAAGACAAAGAUGAACUUUAAGGAUUCAAAACGUUAGUCAUGUGGGGCGAUGGAAAAACAAAGGGAAACGGCAAGUCGAAGAAAUUUCCUGCAGAGAUAAUAGAGGUUUCAGAUAGUAAAGAUUAUUUGCUCAAGACAAUGAGAAAAGAAGAAACUUUCUCUAUAAAUACUGGCAAAGGGUGUCGCAAAAAAAUUCACAAAGCAAAGUUUACAAUUAAAAGUGAGAGUGAAUCAGAUGAUGUGCAGGAGCACAGUAUUCCUAAAAAGCUAAAGGCAUCCAGGUCAAAGAAAACAGAGGCUUGCUGCUCAGCAAGCCUUGCUUCACUUAUAAAAGAGUAAUUAACCAAGGAGAGUCAGUCAGAUGAAGGUAGUGCACUUUGCAAUGAUAAAUGCAUGUAUAAAAAAGAAGCCUUGGAACUCAAAGAGAGGGUAGAAAUGCUGGAAAAUCAGAUCAAAAGACUAAAUGAGCAAAUUGACAAUGGCAAUGGGUUCAACCAACUUUUUGCAAGUACCUUUAAAGCAUAUGUUGGUCAUGGACAAAGAACUAAUAAUGUUGAUAAUGGUUGUGAAAAUGGUGAUGUUCCCGAUGAUAGAGAAGAUGUUGUAAAUAAUGAUGGUGAUGAUGAUGGUAAUUCUGGGAAUGUAUUUUGUGGACGAGACGGAACAGUUAAUGAAGGUGACGGACACCUUGUAACAGAAAACGCCGUGCCUAAAAAAGUUGAUAAAGAACGCAGGAAGGGAAGAAGUAACAACAAAAGAAAAAGAAAAGAGGCAAAGUCCAGUGACAGAAAAAGUGUGUCUUUUGCAAAGAAGAGAGCUGGUCAUUUGACAUCCUAUGACAAAUGUAAAGCCUUUCUUUGUCAAGAACCAUCUUCCAAAGAUAAUGGAAUGGUGGAUUGGGUGUUAUGUGAUGUUUGUCAACAAUGGUACCAUUGGGAUUGCGUUGGCAUUACGACAAAGCCGAAAGGAAAAUUUGAUUGCAGAUGCAAUGUAUCUUACUUUACUCAUGGACACAUUUAACAAAAAUCGUCAACGGUGCCAUACCAAGUUAACGCCACAGGUUAUUUAAGCAAAUGAUCCGUGGGCGAAAUCAAGCUCAGAGUGAACUCACAGAUCUCUACAUGGCGUGUCCUUUAACUCGAACUCAAGAAUGAAAACAUAUUC